GGGCAUGUGCGAGCGUGCUCAGUCCUGAGCCGGCCUCCCGAGGUUGCGGAUAGCCGGCCGGCGGCGACGGCAGCGGCUGGAGCUGGAGCCGGAGCCGGAGUUGGAGCUGGAGCCGGAGUCGGAGCCUGGAUCGUAGCUGCUGCCGCUGCUGAAGCUGCUGCGGCGCCGCAGGCGGCUGGGCUAGCCCGGGAACUCGCUACACUUUUGGAACGUUGAUACAUUGUCUCGCGCGCGGCGCGCGCUCAUUGGCCGCCGGGCUCGGCCACGCGCUGUUCCGAUUUGCCCCGCGGCCCGCCGGGCUCGGAGCGUUCGGGAGGCAGCCCGGGCAGCUCGGCGGCCCCGGCCCGGCUCCAGCUCCGUCCUGACCAGCGCCCUCCUCGCCGUGCGGGCCGCUCCGGGCGGGCGAUGGCCCUGCGGCCUCUCGGGAGUCCCUGUGGCCUGAGGCAGCGGCGGCGGCAGCGGCUGCUGCGGGGCGCCUGAGAGCGGCGGCGGCGGCGGCGGCGGGUGGAUGGGCCCUGGGAGCCCGGCACCAUGGAGGGGGUGCUCUACAAGUGGACUAACUACCUGAGCGGUUGGCAGCCUCGGUGGUUUCUUCUCUGUGGGGGGAUUUUAUCUUACUAUGACUCCCCCGAAGACGCCUGGAAAGGCUGCAAAGGAAGCAUCCAGAUGGCGGUGUGUGAGAUCCAAGUUCACUCUGCAGACAACACCCGGAUGGACCUGAUCAUCCCUGGGGAGCAGUACUUCUACCUGAAAGCCAGGAACGUGGCCGAGAGGCAGCGGUGGCUGGUGGCCCUGGGCUCGGCCAAGGCCUGCCUCACGGACAGCCGGGCCCAGAAGGAGAGAGAGUUCACUGAGAACACGGAAACCUUGAAAACCAAGAUGUCCGAGCUCAGGCUGUACUGCGACCUCCUCGUUCAGCAAGUGAACAGGACGAAGGAAGCCGCCGCGGCCGGCGUGGGGGACGCAAAGGAGGGCAUCGACGUGGGCACUCUGCUGCAGUCCACCUGCAACACCUUCCUGAAGACGCUGGAGGAGUGCAUGCAGAUCGCGAACGCGGCCUUCACCUCGGAGCUGCUGUACCGGACCCCCCCGGGCUCCCCCCGGCUCGCGGUGCUCAAGCCCAGCAAGACGAAACUUCCCAUCCUGCCGAUUCCCAGCGUCCUGGACAGGCAGACAGAAUUGAACAGCUGUGAAAAUGGAUCUUUAAAUACAGAAAUAAGUGAUUCUGAAGAAACCCUGAUUAAAAAUGAGAGCCCCUUAUAUAUGAAACCCACAGAGAAGGGGAACAGCCUGUCAACUAAAGAAAAUACAGAGGAUCACUUAACAGUCCAAAGUGGUGACGUCAAGGAUGAUGGAGAAAGGGAUACGGAGACGCCUCACGGGAGUGACGUGGAGCCGCCCCCGGAGAGUCCCAUGGGAACGAAUCCUGGAGGUGACUCUCUGGGAGCACGAGCAGAGGAGGAGGAGGAGGAGGUGGAGGAGGAAGACGAGGACGAGGAGGAGGAGGAGGAGGAGGUCCAGACGUUCUUCAGUACCAUGAACACGAGCUUCAGUGACAUCGACCUCCUGGAGGACGGCGGCAUCCCCACGGAAGCCUUCUUGGAGUCGUGCUACGCCAUCGUGCCGGUUCUGGAUAAACUUGGCCCGACGGUCUUUGCUCCCGUGAAGAUGGACCUUGUGGGAAACAUUAAGAAAGUCAAUCAGAAGUACAUCACCAACAAGGAGGACUUCAGCACGCUCCAGAAGAUCGUGCUGCACGAGGUGAGCGCCGGCGUGGCUCAGGUCCGGAACUCGGCCACGGAGGCCCUCUUGUGGCUCAAGAGAGGCCUGAAGUUUCUGAAGGGUUUCCUGACGGAGGUGAAGAACGGGGAGAAGGACGUCCAGAGAGCCCUGAACAGCGCCUACGGCCGGACGCUGCGGCAGCAUCACGGCUGGGUGGUUCGCGGCGUCUUUGCGCUGGCGCUACGGGCAGCGCCUUCCUAUGAAGACUUCGUGGAGGCGCUGAGCAUCAGGGAGGGCGACCAUCACAAGGAGGCGUUUGGCCUGGGGAUGCAGAGGGACCUGAACCUGUACCUGCCGGCCAUGGAGAAGCAGCUGGACAUCCUGGACGCCCUGUACGAAGCCCACGGUCUGGAGUCCGACGAAGUGGUGUGACCGCCGUGGCCGGUGCCUCCUCGCGACUUCCGGGGAUGAAGCUGGAUCCGCUCUUGGCUUUCUGAGGCUCGUGGCCGUGAGCCUCUCCUUCCUCCCCCUCCCUCCUCGCCGCCUCUGUCUUGUGACCCCACGACCCCCAGGGUGGUGGGGGCCAACGGAGCUUCCCCCUGCUUUCCGUGUCAAAGCUCCCAGUGCCCACGUGUCUGUGUGUUAGGACCAAGGUGCUACGUCCCGGUUCUGUGGGCCCAAGGGCCCCAACGUGUGCUCUGAUCGAUCCAUACGGGUCAGGGAGGUCCCUGGUGCCCUUCUCAGCGGCCAAACCGGGGGUGAGUUGUUGGACUAGGACCAGCGUCUACAAGGGCCAUUUGCUCCUCUCCCGAACCAUUCAGCCUUGGGGGUGAUUGGUGAUGGACGUUCCCAGAGGCGCCAGCCCCUCCCAGAGGCACCAGCCCUGUGUUCCACCUUCUCUGCGGAGCCUCCUGCGCAGCCGUCUCUGGGGGGGGGAGGGGGGCUGGUGCCCUGGAGCAGGGGCCCGCCCUUUCUCCAUCACGACCCACGCCCCCUUCCAAGGGGAGCUCAGGAAGAAGUGGGAGUCUCCACGCUGGUUGUCACGGCUCCCCCACAACAGAGCUUCCCCAGCAUUCUCUCCCGGAGUAAUGCAGGUGUCAGGGCCCUAGACUGAGGCGGAGGAGGCGGAGUUUGGGAAGCUGCUUAGCGAAGGAGGACCAGCCCGGGAGCAGGUGCUGACAGGGCUUCCUGCAGAGCACAAAGCCUUUGCUUUCAACCCCCCGGCAGGCAGAGCGUUGGCCCGGGAGCACGGGCUCCCUCUGCGCCUGGCUCCCGUCCACCCACAUGCCCUGGAUCUUCAGAAGGGCGUCCUAAACGGAGACCAAUUAUUCCCUGGCUCGGGGGGUUCGGCCUCAGGAUAGUGGCUGAGCAGACGUGCAUUUGUAGGUGAGCAUCACAGAGGCGGCCUGGGGACAGCGAGCUUCCAGGAAUACAAGCCGCCCCCAUUUUCUCCUGAAGCUAGCGCCCCCCCGGGGUGGCCAGGUGGGUGCGAGUAGUUUGAAGGAGCAGAUGAGAGUUCCUGGUAAAAGCCUGAGUUGCUGAAGAGAACCUGCCAGCUUUUGACGGGUGAUAGAAUGAACCCUUAAACCAUUCAACGUUUUGUGAAAUUGGAGCAUCCGGUUCAGCUGCUGCAGCCCCUCGCCCACUGACCUUCCUGGAGCGAAGCCGAUGGACUAAGACUGGCGGGGGAGGCAAAGCCAGGAAGCCCGCCUUCCCCCUCUGAAUUUGGAAGCUUGGUUUGUGCAGUGGUGGAAAGGGGAAGGAGACAGGGGAGUUCUAGCGCCUCUUCAUUCCCAAUGAAACUGGACACUGCUGGUGCAUGGUGGGACAGCCUCGCCAGCGGCUCAGGCUCCGCUUGCUCUUCUAGGCCCAAUGCUGCCUUUGAGCAUCCCACUGUUUCUAUCUGCAUGGAGGGAGGGGGCUUUCGGUGGGUGCCGAAGACCCCGUAUUGAGUCUGCCAGGAGCUUGAGCACAGCCAUGUUCCCCCCAUUCCCAUCCUCCCCCAAGUCGGGGCAUAGACAUCCCCACCCACAGAGCAGCAGGGUGUGCUGGGAGGGCAGAGCCGCAUGUGCCCUCAGAUGGAUCGGGAAAGGGUGGGCCGAGGCAUCCCUAAUGCCCUCUGGCCCAAACCCACCAUCCCUUUUCCUCACCAGCACGGAGGAGGGUUGGCCCAAAAUUCUGGAGUCUUUAGAACUCCAACUUCAGCUGACGCAGGGAUGGAGACCGCUCCAUUUCUGUGUGUCUAGGUCUAGAUCUGGGUCCCUAAAGGGAUCCGGAAGGCUUUAUUAGAUUCUUGGUUUUAGCUGGAGCAGAGGUGACUUUGUCUAGUUCUCCCUUAGAAGUCGGCACCAGAAGAGAGGCCGGUUCUCCCUCUCCACCCCCGCAGACUUCUCAGACCUCAGCUCCCUGGAUGGCCUCUCGCCAGUUCACAUGACUAAUAGGGUGCUGAUCUCCAUCCCCUCAGAUGCUCAGCCUGCGUGCCUGCACAUUCUGUCCAUUCGCACGUCUUAAAGAUAACGGUUCCUCACCGACCUGGAGGGGCACGCCAGCAUUUCGUAGACCGGCCAGCCACAUGUCGAAGCGAGCGUCGACUUCUGCAAAAGAAGCCGAGGGUCCCCCUGAAGUGGAUGGGCCAGGUCUCCGGGGCCCGCUGGCCUUUCCUGGGGUGCCGCCCAAAUGCAGUGGGGAAGAUGUCUGCGCUGGAGCUGUCGGGAGACUCCUGGGGACUGAAGUGGCGACUGCUCCCCGUCCGAGCCCAUCUCACGCUUUUACAGACUGUGUUCCAUGUCGGUCCCACUUCUCUUAGCAGGGACAAACUCUGCCACGUCCACAGCCUCCCCAGACCUCGGCGUCCAUGUCUCCCAGGGUGACGAGACGUUGGGCGGCGUCGCACUUUCUGGCUUCUCGAUGCAGAUGUGCCAUUUCCAGGUCGGUUUGAGGCAUGUUUCCUGCAGCCCACGUGGAAAUUUCAGUAGGACGUCAUCAAACAGCUCAUCUACCUCAUUUUGAAAUUGGCCACAGACAAAUAAGGAGAAAAAUAUGUUGUGGAAGUAAAUGUAAACAAGCUAAUGAACAGUGUGGUGUAUAUAAGGGAAAGGGGGAGGGUCUUGGUCGAAUAUAUGCCAAAGGCUAAAAUGUACAUAGUGAUAAUUCCCUGCAUUCAUUUUUUAAAUAAAUGUUCAGCUUCACGUCUUCUAUUUCUCUCUCUAGCUUCUGUGGUUUAAUGGAUGAACUUUUUAGCAUCCCAGGCGGUCUCCCAUUUGGAGACAAUCCUGCCUUUCUGAAUGUCAAUAUAACAGAAUAAAAAGAUGUACCAUAAAGUAGUCCAUUGAUUUCUCUCUAUUAGUUCCUCUUUUACUGAACUUUGCCUAGAACAUGAAGUUUUGAAAUACUCUUGAGUUAGACCAAAUAAAAACUGAUUAUUUUUUGUUGUUGUGGCUCUGAACAAGUUCAUCCUGUAUAUCAGUUGAGACAAGAUGGGAUGGGGGUGGGGGAUAAGGGUUUACUUUUUUUGCAAGAAUGUUUUGAAACAUCUGUCAGAUUUUAUAUUGUUUAGUUACAAUAAACUUAUUUUUCAAGUA